AUGACUGGCCUUCCCGUUACCAAUCCGUGCCUAUCGUUCUGGCAACAGACAACCAGGUCAUACCCUUACCUCAAUUACAACGAUGAAGCUCUCGUACCGAGAACCGCGAAAUACGUCAUUAUCGGCUCAGGAAUCUCCGGCGCACUAACAGCCUUUAAGUUGGUCGAGGGUGGUGUAACAGGACCAGACAUCGUCAUACUGGAAGCAAGGGAAGCAGCCGGCGGCGCCAGCUCUCGCAAUGCAGGGCAUAUCCGACCAGACGCCUUUCGCGGUUUCACAGCCUACAAAUCAUUCCACGGCGAGGAGCAGGCCCUGAAGAUUAUCGCCAAUGAGAGGACCGUGUUUCUUGCAGUCGACAACUUCGUAAAGAAGUACAACGUGCCGUUCGAUUUUGUCCCGACGACCACCUUUGACGUUUGCCUGACUCAGGAAUUUGCAGACCAUAAUGCCAAGAGCUUCGAGGCAUACCAGAGUGCUGGCGGCGACGUUUCUCACAUCAAGUUUUACCCUGCCGCGGAAGCUCGAGAAAAAACAGGCGUCCCGCAAGCUCUAUGCGCCUACGAAUGGCCAGCAGGUUCUGGCCAUCCUGCCAAACUGGCCCAAUGGCUCCUGGCCCAAUGUAUUGGCAAAGGCGUGCAGUUCCUGACCCAUUGCCCAGCAAUCUCGGUGACACCAUCAUCAUCUGGCGCAGAGCAGAUUCUCUGGGAUGUCAAUACGCCACGAGGUACUGUAACGACGCCAACAGUCAUUCACUGCACCAAUGCCUUCGCACCACAUUUGCUGCCGCAGCUAUCGUCCCUCGUCACACCAGAGCGCGCGCAGGCCCAUGCUUUCGUACCACCUGUGGCUCUCACCGGCAGCAAGGUGCUGCAGAGCACCAUCUCCCUGCGUAGGGGCCUGCGUUGGUUCUACUCGGUCAAUCAACGCCGUUCAGACGGCAUCAUCAUCCUCGGGUCCGCCUCGGCAAGCCCCAAAGUCAGUCAAGCGGCGUAUGCGGAAAGACAGACAGCCGACGACAGCGAGUUUAGCACGGAAAUUCGCGAUGAUGCCGUUGCCAACUUCCAAGACUGUCUACCAGAAUGUAGACCAGAGAAGUUGCGCCACGGUGAGGGACUCCAGCACACAUGGACAGGUAUCAUUGGCAUGACGCCCGACAUGGUGCCUUUUAUCGGGAGGGUUGAUGGCUCCCCAGGACAAUGGGUUUGUGCCGGCUUCAAUGGACAUGGUGAGUGA